AUGGCAGAAGGCCCCACUUUUUCUGGAUAUAUACUCGGGUAUGGGGCUUCUUCAGAAUCAUUAUAUAAAAUAUUGGAAAAAACCCCAUCUUUCCUAGAUACGUACUCAGGCAACAAAAUAGGUACAAAAAGUAAGUACCUCAAUAUAGAAUCAAGUACCCAGACUGGCACAGAGGGCCAGCACCCCAACAUAGAACCAG